AAAUCCCUUAUAAACCCUCAUUUUUACUUCAAAAUUUCUAUAUUCAAUUUCCAUACAAAACACAAGCUUCCCAAGAAAAAAACGAAGAUCAAGAUCAUGGGCCAAAACACAUCAUCUUUUGGAAAUAAAAAGCGAAAGGAAAUAGAUUCCACAAUAGAGAGAUGUUACAAGACAUAUUUUGAAGGCAAGACAAAUUGGACAUCAGCUACAUUCUUUCGAGCCAUAUGCGACACCGUCGAAGAACUGAACAAAAAGCUUGGAAGCCCUCAAUUAAGUGCACCAAAAAUUACAACUCUCAAUGUUGCCUUUGAGAAAUACAAAGCAGCAGCUGAAGGAAAAGAAAUAUCAAAAGAAGGGUUUCGAGAGGUACUACAAGAAGUGCUAAUAGAGUCAGGGUUUUCUGGUCUAGGAGCCAAAGACAUAUUUUUGUACCUGUUUGGUGUCCCAGUGACUGCUUUGAUGAUCAAAAGGCAAACUAACCUUAAAAUCCACGAUGAUAUAUUCAUCCCCGCCAUCACUUCUGCUACUGUUUUCCUCCUUGCAAAGCUCAAUAAAAUUUGACCAAUUUGUUUGUAUAUAUAUGAGUUUCAAAACUAUUUGUAUUAUGUUUGAUAGUUGGUUUGAUUGGUUUUAAGGAUGUAAAAAAAAUUCAAAAAUUUUAUUUUAUUUUUAUCGGUUUGUGA